AUCGCAAUGAAUAAUUAGCAUUUCAAGUUUAUUUUAGUAAUUAAGUUGGGUUCCUCACAAUUCCCCAUUUAAAUAGAGAAUAUAAAACAUCAUGAAAAAUUUCAAAACCGAUUUUCUCGGAAGCAUGCAAUUGCGGUAACGCCCUUCUGAAAAAUUGUCCUAGAUUUGUAUGAUUGUCAAUUUAUGGGUUGAAAAUUUUAGUGAAUGUAAAUGCUCAUCAUUCUGUUGUGCUAAAAGUGUUUAAAACUUACGUGCACGGUGUAAUUUCGGCUUUUGAAACGUGCAACGUUCCGUGUGUUAAGUGUGAAUAAUAGUAUUGUACCAUCACCGAUCGGUUGGCGUUUUCUACACGGAGAAGACACUUGGAAAUAUGGCAGGACAAACUAUCAACGAUAGGCUGCUUGCAGCGCGACACAGCCUAGCUGGACAAGGAUUAGCCAAAUCGGUCUGCAAGGCAACCACAGAAGAAAUGAUAGCCCCAAAGAAAAAACAUUUAGACUAUCUAGUUCAUUGCACCAACGAACCAAACGUUUCCAUCCCGCAUUUGGCAAAUCUACUGGUGGAGCGAUCACAAAAUGCAAACUGGGUUGUUGUAUAUAAAGCUCUCAUUACAACUCACCAUGUACUGGCAUAUGGCAAUGAGAGGUUCAUACAAUACUUAGCGUCGAGUAAUUCUUCUUUUCAGUUGAACAAUUUCUUGGAUAAAGGCGGUGUUCAAGGUGCCGUUGGAGCAAGGAUGGGGUACGACAUGUCACCAUUCAUUCGUCGGUAUGCAAAGUAUUUAAAUGAAAAAGCGAUGUCUUAUCGAACCGUUGCAUUCGAUUUUUGCAAAUUGAAAAGAGGGAAAGAGGAAGGCUCUCUUCGUGUUAUGAAUGCUGAUAAAUUGUUAAAAACACUUCCUGUUCUUCAAGCACAGCUGGACUCGUUGCUAGAAUUUGAUUGUACUGCCAACGAUCUAACAAAUAGUGUUAUCAAUCAAUGCUUCAUGUUGUUAUUCAGAGAUUUGAUUCGACUGUUUGCAUGUUAUAAUGAUGGUAUUAUCAAUUUGUUAGAAAAAUAUUUCGACAUGAACAAGAAGCAAUGUCGAGAUGCUUUAGAUUUGUAUAAGAAAUUCCUUACACGCAUGGAUCGCGUAGGAGAGUUUCUUAAGGUGGCAGAAAAUGUUGGAAUCGAUAAAGGGGAUUUACCAGAUCUUACCAAAGCACCAAGUUCGCUACUGGACGCAUUAGAGCAACAUUUAGCAACCUUAGAAGGAAAAAAAGGUUCUGCAGCAAACACACCCACACAAACGGCCAACAAUCAAAAGAACGUAAAGAGUGGAGUGACCGCCCUAUCUUCUACCAGUUCUUCUUUUGGAACCGCUGCCGCUUCUACGAAGUUUGAUAUUCCUUCGAAUGGCGCUAUAGACGAGAACGUUAAAGCUCAAGCUUUGGCGGAGGAAGAAGCUAUAAUGAAUCAGUACAAGUCUAAAGUGUCAUCUCCUACUGCCAGUUCUGCUAAUGUUGCCAUGACAAAUCCUUUUUUGUCUUCACCACCCACACAAGACAAUAUUGUAGAUUUAUUUGGUGGUAGUGGUGUCGAUGGUCAGCACGUAGAUGCUGCUACCAAAGCCUCAGAUGACCUGCUUCAGCUUGGCAAUCCUUUUGCGGAUAUGUUCGGGGCUUCACAAAAUCCUGCGACAUCAACCACAUCAGCUACAACCAACAAUAUGUGGAUAAGCAACGGAUUUAAUAGUACAUCAACAGGAAACUCUUCAGUUACGAUUCCAUCGACCACAGGAAAUACUUUCGUAUCUGAGAGUAACUUCUCAUCUGUAUUUGGAAAAACAGAUCCAGUCGGAUUCGACGCGUUGGGUGAUGUAUUAAAACCCGGAAACAUUGGUUACAUUGGUCAAGGCCAAUCUGCUGCUAUCACUACACAACCAACCGCACUUACAGGUGGCUCUAUGCCGACAUCAUCAAGUCAGCAACCGGGGAAGGUACUCACAGGAGAUUUAGACAGCUCACUGGCCUCGCUUGCGGAGAGUUUAUCUAUAAACAAAGGAACUUCAGCUCAAAUCAAAAACGUUCAAUGGAAUUCACCAAAAAAUUCGGCGAAACCAGGCUCAGCAGGGUGGUCUCCACAGCCACAACCAGCAACCAAUCAAACUGGUUAUAAACCAAUGGCGCAAGGUAUGACAGUUCUUCCUGCUCCUAGCACUAUUCAUCCACUUGUACACACUUCCUACCCUGUAGUGUCAACGUACGUGGUACAGCAAGGUAUACCUCAAAUGAGAUCCACAAUGGGUGGCCCACCUUCGGUAGGAGCGACACAAAUAGCAGGUGGUAUGACGAUUUCCACUGGCAUGGUGCCAAUGCAACAACAACCUGAGCAGGGCGUACUUCUUGGUCAGUCAGCAUUAAUACAACCUCAGCAGCACCAGCAGCCUUUAGCAAAUACCAAUGUACAGCUAGAUCCUUUUGGUGCGCUCUAAGUAUACAAAAAAUGAUAAGUACACUGAGACGAAUCUUUCUCUUUGCAAUAAUAAUGUAGUUAUUAAACAGGAGAAAUCACAUUUCCCAAGCUGACCCUAAAAUAUUUGUUUAUAUCUUCAUGAUAUUUAUAGCUGAAUUAUUACUAAAUGUUUGUCUAAAACAUAGAGAUGAGUUCGCAAUAUUAAGUAAAUUUAGCAUGUGGAAUCGUGAAUUAACAUAUUACACUAUAAAAAUAUAUAACAAUAUGCAUACUACUAUCAUAAUUGUUGUUAGAAGAAAUUGUAUGUAUAUUAAUGACUAUAUAUAUAUACAUAAGAUAAUAAAUAUGUGAAAACAAAUAAAUUACUAAUUGAGUUAAUGAUACAACGGUAAAUGAAACGUUUUUGUUAGAGCAUACUGAAAAUAGUACAUUUUAAUCAUCAGAAAAUUUUAUGCAAAUUAAAAAGUCGAGACAAUACGAAGAAUGAAAGAUUGGUACUACUAAACCCACAUUAAACACACUUGGGAAACCGAUUUAUAAAUGUGAUGUAAAAAAUGCACUUGUACGGUAGGUUCGGAUAAAAGGCAAAUAUGAAUAUGAACUCAAGACCAGAAAGAGCUAAGGAUAAUUUCAAACAGAAAAAUAACUGCAGUAAGUUAUUACAAAUAUUACUAUAUUAUUAAAAUAAUAUAUUAUAUAUUGUACAGAAUCUAAAAAGUUGUUUAAAAAGUACAUACGAUAUGAAUGUUGAAUGUACAAUCACCAUUCCAAAUGAAAAUAAUAGUUGUAAGCAUAGCAGCGCUGAUGAUGUUAAUAGAUGUUGCACCAUAAAAUGUGAAACAUGUCAACAUGUUCACAAUUGGUUACAUAUAUAUCGUUAUAUAUAAAACCAUAAAAGAGGUAACAAUAAACAUGAUCGAAUACAAAA